ACAAAAAGCAAAUUUAGCUAAAAACCAAAGAGAGCAAAAACCACAAUGUUCUCAACCAUGGAAUGUCAAAAAGCUCAAUUCUUUGUAACCAUUCUUAUCAUUCUCUUUGCGGUUUCAAGUAGCAAAAAUGUUUGUAACCCGGCCUGUAAGGCUAAAGAACCGUUCAACUGCGACAAUCCACUUACAUUCAACCGAACUAGUUUUCCAAAGAACUUCACUUUUGGUGCGGCUACUUCAGCCUACCAGAUCGAAGGUGCUUCACAUAGAGCACUUAACGGAUGGGACUAUUUCACUCAUAGAUAUCCAGAGAAAGUGCCAGACCACAGUUCUGGAGACCUUGCUUGUGAUUCGUAUGAUCUUUACAAGGAGGAUGUCAAAUUACUGAAAAGAAUGAAGGCUCAAGCAUACAGACUCUCAAUAGCAUGGUCAAGGAUCUUACCAAAGGGAAGAUUGACUGGAGGGAUUGACGAAAACGGGAUAAAAUACUACAAUAACCUCAUCAAUGAGUUAAAAGCAAAUGGCAUUGAACCGUACGUAACAAUAUUCCACUGGGAUGUUCCCCAAACUCUAGAAGAUGAGUAUGGAGGUUUCUUGAGUCGACGCAUAGUAGAGGACUACAAAAACUAUGCCGAGCUUCUAUUUCAGAGAUUCGGAGACAGAGUCAAAUUUUGGAUCACUUUAAACCAGCCUUACUCUCUCGCAAGCAAAGGUUAUGGAGACGGAUCGUAUCCUCCUGGACGGUGCACUGGCUGUGAAUUUGGAGGAGAUUCUGGAACUGAGCCUUAUAUAGUUGCACAUAACCAACUUCUAGCUCAUGCAAAAACUGUAGCAUUAUACCGAAAACGAUAUCAGAAAUUGCAUGGUGGUAAAAUAGGAACGACCUUGAUCGGGAGAUGGUUCACCCCAUUAAACGAAAAUAGCAUUCGUGACACGGCUGCUGCAAAGCGGGCAUUUGAUUUCUUCGUUGGAUGGUUUUUGGAUCCAUUGGUUUAUGGAAGAUAUCCAAAGAUAAUGCGACAGAUGGUUGGACCUAGAUUGCCAAAAUUCACACCUCAAGAAUCAAAGUUAGUCAAAGGAUCACUUGAUUUUCUAGGGUUGAACUAUUAUGUUACACAAUACGCGACCAAUGCACCUCCUUCUACAAAACCUAGUGUCAUAACCGAUCCAAGAGUUACACUUGGAUAUUACCGCAACGGAGUACCUAUUGGUGUUCAGGCGCCUAGCUUCGUCUACUACCCUCCAGGGUUCCGUCAGAUUCUAAAUUAUAUCAAAAACAAAUACGGAAACCCACUUACCUACAUCACUGAAAACGGAAUUGGAGAUCUUGAUAUGGGAAACUUAACCCUGCCAAAUGCUCUUGCUGAUAAUGGACGAAUUCAAAAUCAUUGCAGCCAUAUUUCAUGUCUAAAAUGCUCUAUCGAGGAUGGAUGCAACGUAGCAGGAUAUUUUGCAUGGUCAUUAAUGGACAACUACGAGUUCGGAAAUGGUUACACUCUCCGGUUUGGUAUGAACUGGGUCAAUUUCACUAAUCCUGCUGAUAGAAGAGAAAAAGAUUCUGGAAAAUGGUUUUCUAAGUUCAUAAUCAAACAAUAAGAGGAAUCGAUAUGAUAUACAUACAUACAUACAUAUAUAUAUAUAUAUAUAUAUAUA